AUCAUGAGCCCCGGGGACACAGCAAGCAGGCAAGCUUGAGAGCGUCCCCAAGCCAUGGUCCCCACCGGCCGCGGCUCAGCUGGGGUCCUGCCGCUCUCCACCCGAGUGUCCGAGGCAGGCUUUGGUUUCAUGUCAGCAGCCUUCAACUGCCUUCCAAAAAUAAGCCCCUGCCGCCAUGCUGCGGGGAGAAAAACAAGAAGGGCGGUAUUUUUAGGGCCAUUAAUUCUGACCACGUGCCUGAGAGGCAAGGUGGAUGGCUCUGGGACAGAGGCUGUUCAUCACUAUGUCCCGGGGAACAGGACGUCUCCAGGGCACGCUGCAGGCUCUCGUCUUCCUCGGCGUCCUCGUGGGCAUGGUGGUGCCCUCGCCUGCGGGCACUCGCGCCAACAGUACGCUGCUGGCUUCCAGAGGCUGGGGCGCCCUGCUGUCCCGCUCUCGCGCUGGGCUAGCCGGAGAAAUUGCCGGAGUGAACUGGGAGACUGGCUACCUGGUGGGCAUCAAGCGGCAACGGAGACUCUAUUGCAACGUGGGCAUCGGCUUCCACCUCCAGGUGCCUCCCGACGGCCGCAUCAGUGGAGUCCACGAGGAGAGUCCCUACAGUCUGUUGGAAAUUUCCACGGUGGAGCGGGGAGUGGUGAGUCUCUUCGGAGUGAAAAGCGCCCUGUUCGUUGCCAUGAACAGUAGGGGACGAUUGUACACGACGCCCAGCUUCCAAGAGGAAUGCAAGUUCAGAGAAACGCUCCUUCCCAAUAAUUACAACGCCUAUGAAUCUGACGUGUACCGGGGCACCUACAUCGCACUGAGCAAAUAUGGACGGGUCAAGAGGGGCAGCAAGGUGACCCCAAUCAUGACUGUCACCCAUUUCCUUCCCAGAAUCUAAGGACCCAGGAAAGAGUGCUCAUGGGUUGAAAGCUGCAUCUUUUCUCUUGGAAUUUUGCACAAGUUGAACAAUUC